UUGCUACACACAUUGGCGGAACUCAGAAAUUUGAAGGUUAAGCGUGGUCAGUUUAAGGUGCAAUUAACACGAUUCAGUAAUGUUCUUGAGACAAGGGAAGCUGAUGAUCAGGAAAUUAGUGAGAGGCUCAACAAGUUAACAGAAAUCUGGGAUAAAUUUCAUAACAUUCAAUAUGCAAUAAAGGAGACACGCGCGCAAGGACUUUCUGGAGAAGAAGAGCAGGCGCAAUUAGAGCAAAUAGAACAAGAAGAAAAUAAUGAAGAAAUAGAAUUCGAAGAUAAUUAUUUUAAGCUAGUAGCGAGGGCUAAAAGAAGAAUAGCACAAUCCAAUCCUGGAAACAACUCUGCGAUGGUGGCAGCAGCGGGAAGGAACCUGACGGUGAAAUCCAGUGUGAAGUUACCAACAAUCACAUUGCCGACGUUCAAUGGGCAAUACAGUAAGUGGAUGCAGUUUAAGGAUGCCUUUCUUUCACUAAUAGACAAAGACACCACGCUAUCAGAAGUUCAGAAGUUACAGUAUCUAAGAGGAACGUUGAAAGAUGAAGCACUACAAUUCAUAGGAUUGGAAACCACGGCUGAAAAUUAUCGCACAGCGUGGGAAUUGUUAGAUAAUCACUACGAGAAUUGA